CCUCGCGCGGCGGCCGUUCGGUGCAGAGCGGCCGCCCCGUCCCGCGGCCAUGGAGGAGCCGCUGCCGCCCGCCGCCAUCAACCCCAACAACUUCCCAGCCAAGCUGUGGCGGCUGGUGAACAGCCCGCGGUUCCGCUCCAUCCGCUGGGACGCCCGCGGCGAGGGGCUGCUGAUCGACCAGCCGCUGUUCGAAGCCGAGCUGCUGGGCCGCGCGGGGCCGCGCCCGGGCGGAGACGGGGCGGCGGGAGAGCUCUUCAAAACCACCAACUUCACCAGCUUCAUCCGCCAGCUCAACCUUUACGGUUUCCGUAAGGUGGUGGCGGGGCCGGCGGGGCCCAGGACCGGCUCGGGUCCGGAGAGCGACGGCGGUUCGGGCGGCCACCUGCAUCACUUCCACAGCCCGCAUUUCCGCCGCGACCGCCCCGACCUCCUGGUCCAUCUGAAGCGCAUGACGAGCGCCAAUAAGGCCAAGCUGGCGGCCGGUCUGGAGGUCGGCAGCCGCCCGCCCAACCGCUUCCAGCGCCCGCCCGGAGAGCCGCCGCCGCCGUCGCCCCCGACGCCCGGCACGGCAGACAGGAGCGGGCUGCUGGCUGUAGGACAGUUUCAUCGGCCUUAUCAACGAGACAGCUUAUUUCCUUACUCCUACAUCUCGGCCUCAGCGCAGAACCUCGGCUCCUUACCAGCAAAAAGCUUGGAUCGGACUCCAGUCCCUUCCAGAACAUGGCAGAGCUCUCUUGGGCUGCUUCCGGGACACAAGGCGUCCGCAGCCUUCCCAGACAAGGGCAUUGCCUUCCCCAUAUUCCAGAGGCUUCCGACGGAGGUCACGUACACCCUGCAGUCCAGCGCCGCUCCUGUGCCGCUUCAGCAGGUCUCUCAAGCCAUCGCCACCUCCCCUGCAAAGUACAGCAGCUACUCGUCUCCCCUGCACUACUCACAAGCCUAUUAUCCAACAGCCGCGCUGCCAUGCUGCUCCCCUGCUACCCACAUCAGCCCUCUGACCUGCUGUGCGAGUCCUACAGCUCUGACCUACACCCACUGCAGCUUCUUCCAGACUCCUCCAAUGCAGUCACCUUACGCGGUCGAGUUCCUGCCCUCUAACUGGCCAUACCAUCCUGAUGAAAGCAAGAAGACAGAAGUAAAUCUUGAAGCUGUGUUUCAGAUUGUUGAUGAAAUGCGUUCGUCGCCGAAAGCUGGAACAGUGAAGGUGGAGCCUGUGGAGAACCAGUGGUCAAGCCCUCAGUCCAACAGAGGUCAACCACUGCUGGCUGAUCCUGAGAACGACGAUCCACCUUCAGAUGACGAAGGCCAGCUGGAACCUCUCACCCCUGUGGUGUCAGACGUUACAUCCUUUGUGGUGGGAGAUCAGGAGGUAGCUUGCUCUCUGUUGCAGCCCUCGGAAUACUUUUACGCUCUCCAUACCACUGCGUCUGUAGAAUGUGCAGCUGCUCAGGCAGUGAGAGAACCUGUGGCCAUGCAGGAAGCACGAGCAAAACUGAGAGAAGAGCCAGACCACCUCCCAGCUCAGUUCUCAGCCAUGAUUGUUCGGGAAGUACAGUCACUCAGUCCACAGAAGGUGGAUACAAGUGUUAAAUGCCCAUUCCUGAGGUCGGAGACAGAAGAGGUGGGAUGCCUCACUUCAGAAACUGGGCCUGUGAGGAAAUCUGUAGAAAACACUGUUUCGUCUGUAAAAACCAGAAACAGAGAGGUUAAAAACAGUUCCCAGGAGUACGAGUCCCCAGAUCUCCAUCUGCUGGUGGAUGUCGCUUGCAAGCAGGAGCACUUUCCAAAGGAAGAAAUAAGAGAGUGAGAAGUGGGUGACAAGUAUGUGAAAACGUGCAGCAGCUGCCAGCUGGGUUCUGGUGUCAGACUCAGGCAGUGCAGUGCACACAGCAGCACUUUGCAUCGUUUCAGCUGUUGAAAAAAACCAACACCGACAAAAAGGCACUAUUUUUUAACCACUUUCACUCUGUUGGAUAUUGGUCACCCCGUGGUUUUUUACACCUCUUUCAUGACGUUUUCUAGCUGACAAGUCACGAAGCAUCGAGUGGUCAGAACUUCUAAUAUGAACCAAUUAUUAGCUGCUCAUCUUCUCAGACUUGGUGAGUCUGAACUCCCUGUAAACUGGAACAACCUUGAGAGCUUUGUCUGAACCUUUCUCACUGGGAAACAAGUUGUUCUUAGCGCUGUGCUCAGAAUCUUUCUGUUGGUCAUUGCUGGAAGCCACAGCACACCCUGCGCUGUUCGGUGCUCUCACCAUCUCUGCUUGAAGUCACACUGCGACCCUGCAGAGGGAAUUGUGUAUGAAACAACAGCGUAGGGAAGUCACAAGAUUGCAGGUCUGAACGGGUCAGGGGUUCGGGAGAGCUGCUGUAGUUAAGAUGAGCUAAUUUUCUGAGUGAUUACCCAGGAAAUGCUCUUCCUUCCUAAAGCAGCGCUCUGUUCAGCACGGUGCCCUCCCAGUGGGUAUCCAUUACAUACAACAGCUGCUCAUCUCUUACACUGAUGGAGAAGUCUUCUGUUUUAGUAACUUCUUUGUGGUUCUGAUGCUCUCUGUAAUGUAAGUUAUGUGUUGUUUUAGAACUUUCAUAGGUCUUAGAUACAUUCUUAACUUAUCAAUAUAAAUGCAAUCAUAUUUAAUAGUAGUUUUAAAUUUUGAAUAGCUAUGUAUUUGUAUUUGUGUUAAAAUAUUGUUUGAAGGAUAAAGGGGGCACAGACUUUACUGUCAGGGAAAUGUACAUGAAAGAGUGCUUAGAACAUAAAUUUAGCUGGUUCGUCCCUGCUCAUAUUCUUUAAAAAUUAAUUAGAGCCAGUCCUGAACAAAACACGCAUGAGAGGAGCAGAGAGAAGUGGCCAAGACCACCCCAGCUCUACCCUGCGGGACCUCGUGCAGCCUCUGGCCGUGGGCAGGAUGUCCCAAGUGAGUGCUGAGUGGUGGGAUGAGCGGAGGCAAAGCCUUUAAUUAUUCACCAGCCGUCCAAACAAAUACAGUCUGGGGAUGCUUUAAGGUCAAGGCUGGGGGGGACAUUUCCAUGCUGGUUGUCCUCAGAUUUGUUCUCCUGUAUCGUACAUUACAUGUGUGCAGUACAACUCCAGUCGGUGUGAAUAGUGAGGGGUGAGGUGGGCACAUCCAAGUCCUGCUUCCCAAAUGGAGUCCAUCACUUUCCUCAUGGGUUCGGGGUGUAAGGAGAUGGAGUUUAAAGGACUUCAGCCUUACCAGACUGCAGCUGCUACUUCUUUAAUUCACGCACAGCAUAAAGGGAACUUCACAGCUUACCUUCCUUACUCCUGUUUGCCCCCAGAAGACUUGGCACUUAAUGCUCUUUUAUAGCCCUGCUCAAACGGCGUGGCUGCAGCAAUCUGCAAUGAAUUAAACUUUGAAACUGGA